CAUCUGUCUGUCUGUGUGUGCCCGUGUUAGUAACUGCCUAUCAUUUCCCCCUUGCCAUGAGCGGGCACGGAGGCAUAGCUGUCGUGCUCCAGUGCUUUUCUGAUCUGCGAUCAAGUCAAAAAGAGCUCAAGUCAUGCUGAUUGACCCAACAAGGCAAGGAUCUCACUCUUCGUUAACAGCUCAGCAACUGGGCGGCCGUCCACACCAUCUUCACUACCACCUGCACUUGCCUCGUGAUCGUUGAUCCAGACCGACAACUUCCUGCCUAGCUGAUGUGCCAUCCCUACACAUUCAGACAUCUACUUACCACAGUAGUUACUGGAUCUGACAUACAGGUCAAACCUCAUGCAGACUGCUAUACGAAUUUCCGACUGCUUUGCCAGUCGUUGACUACCUUCCCACGCACGCUGCUGACCGCCAGGGCGUUCGCUAACCUCACCUUCCUCUGCCCCUCCUUGCCGAAGCCGAGUCUCUACGACCCAGCUGCAGCUACAAACACUGCGUAUCUCUUUCUCGUCGAUCAUCAAGUCUUAGAUUAAACCUUUCGAGAUUGACGAGAUGGUCAACGGUGUGACAAAAGUCUUCACGGGACUGGCCUUCUACGCCUAUGCUUUCUUCAAUCUGUUCGCCUUUCUAUUCGUUCUCAUGAUAAAUGGGGUGUGGUUCAGGAAAGAUACGGAGCAAGACGAACUUCAAUACGCAAUUGCAAAGGAUCAGUUUUGGAAUCUCGCCAAAUCUCCCAUUCCCAACUUCUCCCACAACUUCUACACCCUUCGAAACAACCUCAAAUUGCACUACAUCAGCAACCGAGACGGGCCUUUCAAUGGCAAUCUUGUCAUCUUCUUCCAUGGAUUCCCCGAUAGCUGUGUCAUGUGGAGACAUUUGUUACAAGAGAAGUCUAUACCUUUACAAGAUGCGACUCUGGUUGCCGUUGACCUCCCUGGUUUCGGGGGAAGCGACAGUUUUCCUAAAUAUGAUACGCAAAUCUUGGACGCACUCUCUGAAUUUGUGGUCGCUAUGAGAGACACCUACAUUCCUGUCGAACAGGCUGACUCCAUCGACACCUUAAUAGUCGGUCAUGAUUGGGGUUGCAUUCUUGGUUUCCGUCUCGCCGCCGAAGCUCCUGCGCUUGCAGACCGAUUCAUCUUGACCAAUGCCCCACAUACUCAGCUUGCUCUCGCCAAUGUCAAAGGAAUUGUUCAAUCUUCCUCCAUGAUCUUCAAGCAAUUUCGACGAUCGCCCUGGAAGCAAUGGUCAUGCUUGUCCAAGGCGUACAAUACCAUCAAGCCUCUGCUUGUACAGGUCUAUAUGAUGGGCUACAUCUUUAUGUUCAACUUGUCGACCGUGUAUGUGAAUUUUCUGGGAAUCGGCGGCAAUUACGCAUUCAUGAGAUCGGUAACUAUGUCCGCCUAUGAUCCAAAAUCGCCCGAGUGGAGCUUCCCCGAAUGUCUUGCUACUUCUUUUGGACCUGGAAAGGAAGAACUUGACACCGCCAUUCCAUCGACGAGCAGCACUUCUCCGGGUGAAACUUAUGGCGCUUCUGUGAAUGCACGCGCAAAAUCACAUGGACAAGCAUUUUGGAACAUGACCGGCUACUACCGCCAUGGGGUAUCAAGCCGACCCUGGACAAAAUCUCUCGAGACCAUUGCAGAUUUGUACGCACUCGAGUCGUCUGCUUCCGAGUCAAGUUCUCCAGGCAGUCGCCGACGUGCUUCUAUCUCUAAUGGAGCUUUGUUUGCGGUCCCUCACAAAGGUGCUCUCAAGGCACCGACAUAUGUGCUUUGGGGCGAGAAAGAUCAAGCUUGUUCCCGAGAAAUCUGUCUCAACGGUCUGGGCGAUUAUCUCGCCAAGGACAGUGAGGUCACCAUCCUUCCUCGCACUUCGCAUUGGACUCCCAUCCAGAGAGAAUCUCGAGCUGUGCUGGCCCGUGUGAUUGGCUUAUUUGCAAGAAGCAACUCGACUCCCUUGCCGAGUAUGACCGCUGAGGUUCAGAAAAUCUACCCAGAUGCUACUUUGUACGUCAAAAAGUGACCAACAGUGUUAGCCAACGUCUGAAUGGAGUGACACAAGUGGGUCCGACAGACGGUUUUGGUCUGGAGGUUUGGGAUUAAUGAUUCAAAAUGACGGAGAUUCUAGACUAUGAUAGAUCGCCUAAUGACGUUCGAUCAGCUACAGAGUCUCUGGGAGGGGGAUAUCUGUGAUCGACAAAACAUCACUGUUGUUGAUGUUCUCGGAAGAGGAGUGUACAAUAGAAAUAUCGAAAGAAAGACAUGAAUCCU